CCGGCUCCUCCCCUCCAGUCUUGCGCAGGUGUACCGGCUCCUCCCCUCCAGUCUUGUGCAGGUGUACCGGCUCCUCCCCUUCAGUCUUGCUCAGGUGUACCGGCUCCUCCCCUUCAGUCUUGCUCAAGUGUACCGGCUCCUCCCCUUCAGUCUUGCUCAGGUGUACCGGCUCCUCCCCUUCAGUCUUGCUUAAGUGUACCGGCUCCUCCCCUUCAGUCUUGCACAGGUGUACCGGCUCCUCCCCUUCAGUCUUGCUCAGGUGUACCGACUCCUCCCCUUCAGUCUUGCUCAGGUGUA